AUGAACAACAACGAGAAGGAGAAGACGGCGGAGAGCGGAGACGAGUUGAAGUCUGACGGGUUGCCGAGGCUGACCCACGGAUGUGAGGAUCUUGCCCGCGUCCUUUCGAGCGAAGACAGAAGAAGACAGUGGUACGACGCAGAUGCCAACGCGCAGAUGGACGACACUCAGGGGAGGCACGACGAAGUCGACGUGAACAUGGCGUUCAACGUGAAGAAGGUGAAUCAGUUCUAG